ACAACAUAUAUUUCUUAAUAUGUAUUUUAGUGUUUUUCUAUUAGUAUUAUCAUUUAAUCACAUAAACUUUGUUAGUUCCGACAAGGGGAAUUCUACUGAGGAUGAAGAAUGUACUUUGUGUAACCUUUCUUUUUUUCGUCGAAAACGUGCACUGCCUGAAUACACACGGUGGCGUGCAACAACCCAAGAAUUCAUUGUGAAAGUUUUGGAGGAUGAUGUUACAACGCCGCAGACAAAACAAAUCGUAGCGGUAAACAUUAAACCCAAUAGAAAAAUAGAAGAAAAGAUAAUAGUUGGUGCUACACUUCUACCUACAGCAGUACCAAUCACAACCCCCUUAUCUGACGAAUACACACGUUUUAUACCUCCCACAACAUCAAAAAUUACUCGAUAUGACGAUAUGGUCUUCGCUCCUGCAACAACAGGUGUUAUUCCUCCGAUUAAACCUAAAAGUAAAGUUAGGAAAGGUGAACAACAUAUUGGGCCAAUUAUAAAAUUUACUGGAGAUCGACAUGGGCUUCGAGAUGAGAGCCCUCCCUCCGGUCCAAAAUUUAUUCCUAGAACCAAUACUGAAUAUCUUUCACAAUACGCACCUAUCGCUCCAAUCCUGUUCACCCAAAAGACUACUUUUGGACCUCUAACUCCACGUACUGUUGAAAAAUUCGUAAUAUAUAAGACUUCUGUACGACCUUCACGUACAACGCAAUUGUUGGACUACAUUACACCAGAGAGGACUCCGGAUUUUCUCAAUAUAUUAGGUUUAGCUGACAACAAACGGAAACCUUUUGUAUUUUCACCUACGCGUACUUCGACAUUUCCAAAUGAUACAUCUACGAUGAUUACUUUUAUAGACGAAAAUGAUGAUUUAGUUCAAACCAAAUCUAAUGUAGAUGACACAUAUAGAAGAACAUACGAGGAAAAGAAAACUACAGAAAAAGAUACGGACGAGUUCUACAAUAACUUAAUGAUGUAUGAUGAUGAUACCGAUGUCACAACUAGAAAAGUUUAUCAUGGAUUUUCUGAUACAUACGAAGACAGCUCUGAGAAAAGUAAAGAACCUGAUACUACUGAAACCACUAUCGAACUUUCUUCUGAUUUAGAAGAAUACGAUAAUACAACGGAAAAAAUGGUUUAUCAUGACGAAGAUGACGUACAAAAAGGAACAACAACAGGAACAUUGACAACAAGAAAUACUGAAGAAGUGUCAUUAAAGGCGACAACUUUUGCAAGAGUAGUGGAAAAUAAUACAAAAAGAGUGUGUAAUCUUUUAAAACUGCGACACCUAUCAUUCAGUUCACCCCGCACACUUUAUGAGAUAACAACUCAAUUAAAGCAAUGGGCGGAAGAGAGUCCUGUUGCAAAAUGGGUUGAUGUAACAAAUGGAAAUUUUACUGUAAUGGAAAAUCCCAUUUAUAUGAUGAUCGUGGACGACCCUAGUAGUGGACAAAUUAUGUCAGCGAAGCAAACUGUCAUGAUUGUUGCGGGUAUUCAAGGGAGAGACCACCACGCGGUGGCAGCAGCUAUGUAUGUGUUAUAUCAAUUAAUUGAGCGUACUGAUGCUCACUCAGAUCUUCUAGUAAAGUAUCGGUUCUGGAUUAUUCCAGUAUUUAAUCCAGAUGGAUACGACUACUCAAUGACGUUUCCCCGUCGACGGGAAUGGACAAAGAAUCUACGCCAAACUUGGGACUCGUGCAAGGGCCGUGACACCUGCGAAGCGUGUGAAUUAUACGGGGUCAUGUGUACUAUUCAGCCCUGCUAUGGCGUCAACCUUGAUAGAAAUUUCGAAUAUCAGUGGAUCCCACCAGAGGAGCUACGUUCAGAACACCCAUGUGGUCAGUUAUACGCGGGUUCUAGACAGCUUAGCGAAGCCGAAACUCGCGCGCUUACUAACUUCCUCCAUGAACAGAAAACUCCACUUUACACCUUUAUAGCUUUCAAGGAAGGGAACGUUCUGGGUAUAAUGUAUCCAUAUUCUCACACACGGAAAAGAAGAGCAUUUGAUCAUGUUUACAGACAGCGAGCGUCUAUUGCAGCAUCUGCUGCCUUCAGUAUUAGUGGUCGACCAUAUGCUGCAGGACAAACAUCUGAAUUUUUACCGCUUUAUGCUGGUGGCAUAGAAGACUGGGUGGAUGGCCACUUAGGUAUAGACAAUACCUAUACAAUCAUGAUAUUUCGACCCAGCGACUCGUAUAAUUCGAAGAUUUUAACUGAGCGCGUCGUUCAUGAAGGAUUUGCAGCUGUAGACACUCUUUUGCUUCAGAGCACUGGACCCUUGGGACCACCACCAGUCACAUUAAGUCGGUCAAAGGCAGUUAAAUUGCAACCUACAUCAGAAACAUUCCUUGUUUUAUGUAUAAAUUUCGUAAUUUUUUUGUGUAAAAGUUAGGAUGCAAUUGUGAUUUCACUACGACAGUGAAAGUAUAUUUAUUUGUGGAUUUUUGAUUUAGAUGACGGCGAUGCCCAUCUUAUGUAAUGCUGUCUGAGUUAAAAAUACAUUAACAGUUACAUAAAUUACGACUCCGAAAUCAUCAGUCACGCGUCAAACUAAAGUUUGUCAAAUAUUCAGCACAUAUAUUUUACGACAGCGUUUAAUACUUUGUUAAAAUCAUGGUUGAUGUUAAUACAGGUUUUGAAAACGUUGUAAACUCUCAUUAUUCGCUUCAAUCCAUUAAUAACUUAAAAGUAAAUUAAAUUACUAUUGAUAUAAACUCAUUCAUCACAAUUCAAACCACAAAGACUAUUGUAACGAAAAACUAUUGUUCUAAAUUUGAACGCCUAUUUACUAAUGAUAAACUUUCUCUAUAUUGAAGGUGCUUUUGUCGUCAAAGUUGCAAAUACACUGCUACCAUAAAUAAAGCCCGACUAAUUAUAUUCGUCUCUGAAAAUCAUUCAAACAAUUUUAGCCGUUUAAUUUCAACUGAGCAAUGUAGGAAAUAUUAAAUAUGAUAAUAUUCAGACAAUUUGUCACUGUUAACAGAUAGGAUAUCGAUUGAAUAUUAUGACUUGUUUGGACGAAAGGUGUGGUGAUUACUCACAAGACGCCAGUAUGAGUACGCUAAUGUACUGUAUCCUUUAGGCACCCACGUUUUGUUUACUGCAUUAAAAUUGUAGCCAAUUGCCGAGCCGAUACAAAUUCAAAUGAUAAUGUUCCUUAAAUUCUAGACCCGAGAUCACCCGACAGUACGUUUUUUUUGAAAAACCCAUACAACCAUUUAUUUCAGGGUUGGAAUAAAAAAAGGUAACAUUAUCUGUCAAAACUACAAGUUUCUUCGUCUGGGCUUUGAUGAAUUAGGGCAAUUUUAGAUUAAUUGCAUUAAUCAAAUUUCUAACUAUAAACGUGAGUGUCAACGUUUUCCUUAAAUGACGCAUUAAGACCGAUUAUUUAUAUGCACUUAAUAGCAAUGUAUAUAGUUAU